UAUUCAACACUUUUUCUGCAACAACAUGCAUACAUAACCCGCCAAACUCUUCAGUCUUCACUCUUCACAUGUUGCAGGCUGGUGGCAAUGGCGACUCGGGCCAAAUCAGGUCGUGGUCGGAAGCGUAAGACUGACAUAGAUUCAGAAGCAGCUGCAGUGGAAGAGAAAAAAGAAAAGCUUGAUGGAGUAGACAAAAAAGAUGAAGAAACAGGACAAAGGGUCGUCAUCGAGCAUUGUAAAAGCUGACGAGUCUACGGGCGGAAUGCAGAAGGUGUGCGUGAGGCACUUGCUGCUUCGCACCCUGAACUUCAGGUGGUGCUCAAUCCAGAGAAACCUCGGCGGAACAGCUUUGAGGUCACACUGAUGGAGGGAGAUAAAGAGAUUGUUUUGUGGUCUGGCAUUAAGAAGGGUCCUCCACGCAAACUGAAGUUUCCCGAUCCUGCUGAAGUGGUGUCUGCCCUUAAAGAAGUGCUGAACAGCAAGUAGAAGUUAUAAGGAGACAGUCAGUCAUCUUUGUUCCUGGACAUUGGAUGCAUAAUGAUGUUAAUGGACUAAUGGGAAAAUCUCCCCGUCUGUUUUCUGAUGAUCAGCUCUUUUGUUCUGGCUGGAUAAUUGACCUUGCCUGGCUUCCUCUGUUAAGCUCUUAAACUCUUCAUGUUCUGUUUGACUAGUUUCUAGAUUGCUUUUACCUAUCUCUCUAUAGAUUCUUUCUUUUUUUUACUGUUUUAAUACAAAUAAAUCUUGCUUGAUCUCACUU